ACCUUCCUUCAUGACCAUAAACAAUAAACCCUGACUUGAGAUCCGCUGCUCAGUGUCCUCUGAGUCCUGAACGGAGCAGCACUCUCUUCCUCUGCACACAGGUCUGUCAGACACUGAUGCUGGAUCAGUGGGAGUGGAAUGGAUAAUGGCCACGGCAAACUGUAAUCUGUGGUCACCAUCCUCCUCUUCUCAUGAUGAAGUCAACCUGGGACCUUCAGCAAACCCACAUGCCAGGCCCACUGACUUUGACUUCCUGGCUGUCAUUGGAAAAGGGACCUUUGGAAAGGUCCUGCUCGCCAAGCUCAAAGCCGACAGCAAAUUCUACGCCGUCAAAGUGCUGCAGAAGAAAGUCAUCCUCAAGAAGAAAGAGCAAAAGAACAUUAUGGCAGAGAGAAAUGUGCUGCUGAAGAGUCUGAAACAUCCCUUUCUGGUUCGGCUCCACUUCUCCUUCCAAACCGCAGAGAAGCUCUACUUUGUCCUCGACUAUGUGAAUGGGGGAGAGCUCUUCUUCCACCUGCAGAGAGAGAGGUGUUUCUCAGAGCCCAGAGCCAGAUUCUAUGCGGCCGAGGUAGCGAGCGCCAUCGGCUAUCUUCAUUCCCUUAACAUCGUUUACAGAGAUCUGAAGCCGGAGAAUAUUCUCUUCGACUCUCAGGGCCAUGUGGUGCUGACAGAUUUUGGGCUGUGCAAAGAAGGAGUAGAGCCAGAGGGCACAACCUCGACCUUCUGUGGGACUCCAGAAUACCUGGCACCAGAGAUUCUUCGUAAGGAGGCGUACGACCGGACUGUGGACUGGUGGUGUCUGGGAGCAGUGAUCUAUGAGAUGAUCUUCAGCCUGCCUCCUUUCUACAGCCGUGAUGUGGGUGAAAUGUAUGAUGGGAUCCUCCACAAGGCGCUACCGCUGCCUCCUGGGAAGUCUGAGGCCGUCUGCUCUCUGCUGGAGGGGCUCCUGCAGAAAGACCAGCACAGGCGCCUCGGGGCCAUCGCCGACUUUUUAGAAAUAAAGAACCACGUCUUUUUUUCUCCGAUCAACUGGGACGACCUUGACCACAAGAGGAUCACUCCUCCUUACAACCCCAAUGUGAGAGGCCCAGCUGACACUCAGCACAUUGAUCCAGAGUUCACAAGAGAAAUGGUCUCUAACUCAGUGUGUCGGAGCCCAGAGUUGAACGGCAGCAGCAGCUCCAACACCGCUUUCAAUGGGUUCUCCUUCGUCGCCACAGAGGACAGUCACCUUUUCAAACAUUAGAUUUUUUUAAAGGAGUGAUCAAACCUCUUUUGGGUCUCAUGUAAAUAAGAGCUCCUCCUGUAUAAUAGCAGAAAACUAACAUGGCAUCCAUCCUACAGCAUUGGUUCUCAUAAAUUGUUCCUCUUGAGGAUGUAGCAGAGAGGAAGCACACCUGCAAUAGACAUUUUAGAUUGAUAUACUGUAUGUGUAAAACUUUUUACCUGGAGGUCCCAGGUCUUUUCUUAGAGAGAUAGCAAUAUUAACGUGUUAUGACUGGCUUGCAGGAAGAAGGAUAAUUUGUAAGAUGCAAUGCCAAUAGUCUUUACCCUCAUCAUUUGCAAUGUAAUUAAGAAUAUGUUUUAUAAAUCAUGUGUACAUACAGACUUCGGAUUCUAUUUUCCAGAAAAGGGUGCAGAAGCAAACACAAGCUUAAUUUCCCAGGCACAAACAUAAAUGGUUGUGAUCCGCACAUUAAGUAACCAUAGGCAUUGGUGGAAACCAGGCACAACUACAAGAGGUGUGAUCCUCUGAAGGAUUACAAUAUAAUAAUAUUAAUAAGCAAAAUAUAAAUAAUGAAUGUGUAGGUGAUUAGAUUUCACUGGGAAAAUGCUGCAUAGCUUGCACAAACUGCAUUUUUUAAAUUGUUUUUAUAAAGUACAUAACUUUCCUUUCCACUUAUAACAAGAAGGAAGUGAUCCUCUUGUGCAAGGGGAGCUAACGCUUUGAUUCUUUAUUUAAGAUUGAAAGAAAAGUAAAUUGAUCAAACAAAGUAGCCCCCUUUUUUUCAAAUGCAAGUCACAAUGUAGUGUGCAAAUGUUUAUACUGUUGACGAAGGGUUUUCUGUAUUGUAACUGGGGAACUGGGAAAACUUUAUUUUAGAAUAGCAGACAGUGAUAUUUGUUUUGUUUCAUGAUCUAGCCAAUGUUCCGGUAAAAUUAUGUACUUUAGUAAAGUGAUUAUUAUUGAUGCAAACCUCUCUGCCUUGGAAAUUAAGUUGGUGAUUGAAGGUGCUUGACUUAGGCAGUAAAGGCUAUUGCACUUAUAUAUACAUACUCAUUUAUAUACACAACGUUAAAGUCUUGUUUGUUCAUCCAACAUCAAGGAAGCUCUUCCCUUCGAAUGAUAGUAUGUUCCUAUAUGCCUCCUUAUGAAAACCGAGGAGAGGAGACGGGUCGUGUGUGUGUGUGUGUGUGUGUGUGUGUGUGUGUGUGUGUGUGUGUGUGUGUGUGUGUGUGUGUGUGUGUGUGUGUGUGUGUGUGUGUGUGUGUGUGUGUGUGUGUGUGUGUGUGUGUGUGUGUGUGUGUGUGUGUGUGUGCAAGAUGUGUUAAUAAAUCAAACUUCUGUCAAAACA